CUCUUCCUCUGCUCAUUCAUUCAUAUUUCUCUCGUUCCCCAUUUUUUCUGAUGAGGUUUCUGUGAAGAUAAAUAGCUCUCGAUUUUUGCCCAAGAUUGUUUUUGUUUGAGAUUUUUAGGGAGAUAUGGCCGUGGAGUUGCUCGGCUACGCGAAUAUCAACGAGCAAACGGCGAUUCAUGAAGCAGCGUCGGCAGGGUUGAAAUCCAUGGAGCAUUUAAUCCGAACCGUUUCUCAGAAGAAUCAGCAGCAGCCGCAGCAGUGCGAGAAGAUUGACUGCAGAGAGAUCACGGAUUUCACUGUUUCGAAGUUUAGAAAAAUGAUUUCUAUCUUAAAUCGGACUGGACACGCGCGGUUCAGGCGCGCUCCAGUUCAGCCGGCGCCUCAGCCGCCGGCGGUGACUGCUGUUAAAAGUUAUCCACCGAAAAAUUCGGUUCCUCAACCUUUGAGUCUGUUUUCUCUUUCUCCAGCUCCGCCGGCUCCGGCGGUGCCUACUUUGGCGCUUGAUUUCACCAAACAAGGCCCAUCUGUGGGAAAGGAUGGGGUUGAAAUCACUGGUAAAGAAGGAUUCGGCUUGUCGACGGCGAUGUCCACGUCCGGUAACUCUUCUUCGACCUUUGUGUCGUCGAUUACCGCCGAAGGUAGCGUGUCGAACGGAAAAGGUGGAUCGCCUAAAAUGUUUAUGCCUCCGCCUGCUGUAGCUAUCUCAUCUGGUAAACCUCCGCUCUCCGGCAAGAGGUGUCGUGAGCAUGACCAGUCCGAUGAGUUAUCCGGCAAAACAUCCGGCUCUAGCCGCUGCCACUGCAAAAAGAGGAAAUCUAAGGUGAAGAGAACGAUCAGAGUCCCCGCAAUUAGCUCAAAAGUCGCCGACAUCCCGCCGGACGAAUACUCCUGGAGAAAGUACGGCCAAAAGCCGAUCAAAGGCUCACCAUACCCUCGGGGAUACUACAAGUGCAGUACAGUGAGGGGCUGCCCGGCGAGGAAGCACGUGGAGAGGGCAAACGAUGAUUCCACGAUGCUAAUCGUGACCUACGAAGGAGAGCACCGCCACACCCCCGAAAUCUCCGGCGCCGGUACCCCCUCACAGUUGGUGGUGUUUGAGUCGUCGUGAGUAAAAAGGGGAAAGGCAUCUUUUGUAAUUUCGAGGUAGUUUGAGGCUAUUUUCGGAAAUAGAUAUAUUCAGGGGUAGAUUUGGAACUCUUGUGUAAAUUUGUUAGACGUAGUCCGUAGAUGACACCAGAAUCCGCGAAACCCAAAAAAAGGAAAAAAAAAAAAGAAAAAGAAA